AUGAGAAUCCGAUUUGAGAAUAAUGCUGAUCAUCUUGAACGACAAGAGCAUAAACGUUUAAGACGACUGGAACUUGCAAGUUUAAAGAAACAAAUGGAACUAAUUUGUACUUUUUGCCCGACUUACAUCCUCACUCACAAUGUAAUCAAUUCGGAUAAAACACCAUUCGUAGGUGUCUUGUUGGACAUCCGUAUUACAGGCAUGCAUCGACUUAUCGAAAAAUACAACAUUUUACAUGAAGCUGGUAUCUACAAACUGACAUUCACAUUGAAUGCAUUCCUCAGCGCUAUUUUUGAAACAGUGGGUUAUUGGGGUGGAGAUGUUUUGAAAAUAUACGGUGAUAAAUGUCUCAAUUUGUGGGAGGUUUCCUCAGAUCAGUCUUUGUAUGAAGUUUUACAUUUAGUUGUUUUAUGCGCCGAUAUUAUUAGAAGGGCACUUGGAAAUUUUGAUACUUUUCUACCACAGAAAUUGAAUAUAAAAAUGAUGAUUACAAGCGGUAAUAUUGACACUAUUUGUUGUGGAUCAGAUAAAAAGUCAUUGCUCUUUCGUGGAGAACCUUUUGAAGAAUUAGACCAAUUGAGUAGUGUGGUCAAAGCUGGCGAGAUUUUGAUUUCAACCAAAGCUUGGGCACAUAUGAUACAUAACCGAUAUAAAGUUACAGUAAUUAACGAAUCAAUGAUAAAACUUCUUGAAGGAAAAAUUCCCCAUAAAGCGGCUCAACGUGAUGUCAACGAAAGUUUUGAUAUAAAAGAAGUGGAAGUCCUUCAGUUAAUUGAUAAACACUUAGAAUUUCUGAAAACUAUGCACAAUCAUCGUCAAACUGAUUCAAUAGAAACAUUGACAACUUUAACAAAUAUGUUUGUAAAAGAAAUUCCACCAAGAGAAGCAAUAGGAAACGCGAUGCGUUUUGAAGAUUUUUAUAGAAUCAGUCCGUUUGUUUUUCGAAGAGUUCAGAAACACAUAUCUGAACAUCAACCUGUAGAAUAUCUAACAGAAAUAACCACAGUAACUGCACAAAUAAUUACUAUUAUCCCCAAUUCAUUCAAAUCCAUGAGUUCGGCAUUCGUGAAAUUUGUCUACACGGAAGUGAACAAAUCAAUCGAAGGUACCCAUGGAUUCAUAUACAUGUUUGAGGUAACUACCGAAAUUAAAAUAAUCGUAAUGAGUGGAAUAGAAGGUAUUCGACAAGAUAUGGAAUGUAACCGUGCUUUAAAAACAGGAUACAAGAUGAGUCAACAAUUUCAAAACACACCGGGUGUCAAUUAUAUAUCAGUAGGCAUAUUUCAAGGAUAUUUAUAUUGUGGAGUUGUUGGUCAUCCGUUUCGUCGUGAUUACGUUGCUAUUGGGUCUGUUCUGAACAAAGGUUUCAAAAUUCUGCAACGUAGCAAAGGGAAAGUGAUAUGUGACUACAAAACAUUUAAAUUCUCGAAAUUGUCUGCGUUUAUGUUCAGAUGUAUAAGAAAAAGAAAAUGUAAUGUUGAUUUUGAUAAUGGGCAAUUGAUGGAAUACGAUGAAAGUAUAGAUUACAUGGAAUACAAAAGUAUACAUGAAAAAGAUCUUUUUGAGAAAGAUGCCGAAGUAAAUUUAAUUCUACAAAUACUGCAGAGUAAUGCGUCUGCUUCCCAAGGAAUUGUGUUUGAAGGUUGUCAAAUGAUUGGAAAAACCACUUUAUUGCGAUUCGUUAAAAGUCGGUGUUCAGACUCAGAAAACUUUCAUGUGGUGUCACUUACAAUACGAAAUGGUACCAGUACACCAUAUUCAACAAUAUUCCGUAUCUAUGAACAAUUAUAUAGUUUAAAAAGUGCAACGUAUGAAGAUAUGAAUCAAUUUUUUAAACUGCCAACACAACUGGCAAAUUGGCAUAAUAACUCAUAUAAUAAUAACGAAGAUUCCAUGUCAAAAUGUAACAUUCUGAAACACUUCCAGAAUAUGUUAUUAUUUGAAGACAAUCGGGCACAAGUGAUUAUUCUUAAAAAUCUUCAUUAUAUAGAUAAUCAAAGUUGGGAAAUAUUAGAAAUUGUAUUGAAAAGUUGCAGGUUGAAACUAUUUGCUUCCUCUGAGUUCUCAUCAGGUAAUCAUAAUUUCAAAAAAACUUUAGAAAAAAAUCCUUAUGUAAAAUUAAUAACCCUGAAACCAAUCUCGGAUGAAUCGAUAAAUACUCUGGCUUGUACAUUACUGGGAGUAGUAGCAAUAGAAAAGAAAAUUUCUGCAUUAGUAACAUCAACCUGUUUGGGUUUACCUGGAUAUGUACAAAGUUGCUUAAAAUAUUUACUCGAUUGUAAAAACUAUCAAAUAGCAUACAUUUCUAAGAAUGAACUCGAAUCAAAUUAUGUGAUUAUACACAAAGAUUUAUUUCCUACGUUGCAAAAUCCAAUUGCAGUUUUGACUAUACGAAUCGACAAGAAAAGUGGAGAAGAUAUUCGUGAUAAGUGUACAAUAGAAGCUAUCACAAAAGAAGUUUAUUACUCAUUGCCUCCUUUUGAGCAAACAAUUCUAAGGACAAGUUCAGUUUUGGGCACUUUCUUUACCAGAGAUAUGUUAUCGAUAGCUCUGCGAUCACCAAGUGAAAAAGUACUAGUUCAAGGAAUUAAAAUAAUGUUCACCGAAGGUAUUUUUGAAUGUGGAUGCACCACCUUCGACGAUGAUAAAUUCUGUUGUCGUUGUCAUAUGAGCAAAGAAGAAAUGGCAAAAAUUCAACCGAAUGAAAAAUAUACCCAUUGCAAGUUACUACACCUCAAACACAUAGAUAUAAAAAAUAUUGCAUACAGUAUGAUCCCAGAAAAUCAAAAGAAAGAUUUACAUCUUCUAUGUACGGAUGUUUUGGAAAACACUGCACAUUUUUGCCCAACAUGUCUACGUGACCCAGUUAACAGUUUUAUUGUGGCUGCAAAGUAUAAAGAUAUUUUAACCUACUGCGCUGAUUCAAGUAUUGCAGUAACAAGUUGCAGAGCAAAAUCAUCCGAAGGAAUUAAACAAUGCAUUCGUAGAUUAGUAUAUGAUGCAUGUCAGUGUCAUAAAACUAAUACUUGCAAGUAUGUCUUACCUUUAAGACAAGCAUUCAAUCCAUUACGAUGCAAUUGCUUCGAAAUGCUUUUAUAUGUCUUCAAGAAUUUGAUAUAUCACAGCAGAAGUGCUAAACAUUUAGGAAAACAUAUAUUUUAUUCGUCGAUUUAUGGAUAUUUAUUGGUGAUAACUCAUAAUGCAGUAGAAGGAAUCGCUGUAUUGCGAGAAGCUUAUGAGUUAUGCAUGGUUAAUGUUAAUUUAGAAAAAUGUGAAAUUUCAGCAAACUAUAGGAAGUUUAGCAUUGGACGAAUUUCAAUGAUGUUGGCAACUGCAUUAAUAAAACUACGAAAAAUAAACCAAGCUAAAUUACACAUUACUUUAGCCAUGAGACAAUAUAAUAUACCAUCAGUGGCAUUUAAAUAUAACAACUUUCAAUGUUUAUUAAAGAAGUCAUAUUUGGUCAAUAUGAAAGGACGUAAUAGAGUGAUAAUAAAACAGACAUGGAUGCGAUGGGAAGUUGGUAUGUGUUUUAUUAUAUGUGCAAGAAUUUUCUCCAUAGAAGGAAAAUUACCAAUUGCAAGAAAAUGUGCCCGGUACAGUACAUGGGUGCUGAGUCAAAUAAACGAACGUAUUCCGAUGUUAUUCGAAGCAUAUUGCAAUGUGAUCGAUUUAUAUAGAUAUGGUUUAGAUAAAGAAGUAUGUGAAAAAUUGCAAAAAUAUGUCACAAAGGAAUUGCUGCUGAAUUAUUGCAAUGAUCGUGGAUAUUACGCUAAACAUUUAAUGACUUUACUCGUCGUUGAUUUUGAAUUGAAAGUAUCAAGUGGGCAGUUGAAGAAAUCGAUUAGUAUGUGUUAUCGGAUAGUUGAUUUCACGCUUAGAUUUUACGUGGACUCAUCCAAUUAUGAAGUGGUCAUUUGGUUCAGUUUAUUAUUUACGUACACUUUGCGUUUCAAGCAAUUCAUUGAUAUUAUGCGAGUGAUUUACAAAAACGCCAUGGAUGCAUCUCCGGAAUGCUUUUUUUCAAAUGCUUUGGGGAUUACAAUAUUAACUGGUUACUCGUAUGUUCCUAUUCGCUCUCUUGUGAAAGAAAUUGUCAUUUAUUUGAAUUAUGAACAGACUCGACAUACAUGCUGGACUAAACACUAUUUAUCGUCUUUGUUAUAUUUACACUUGAUGAAGUCCGAAUUAUACCAAGGUGCAGAAAAGUACAAACCAAAAUGUACUUUGAAUCUGAAUGUUUUGAGAAGACCUAUUGUGAUGCGUAUACAAUUGAAUAUCAUUGAAGGUGAACUCAUUGAAAUGUAUUCUAAAAUGGAGGAUAAUUCAAGUUAUACGAGUCUUAAGACAUCUUUAAAGAAACAAAUAGAUAUGGCGAGUAAAUGUAUUAAACAUAUGCCAAUUUUUUAUCCCAAGUUGUAUUGUUUAAAAGCGUGGAAAUAUCAACUUGAGGGAAGAGCGAAAAAAGCUGAGAAAGAAUUACGAAAAGCGGAGAAAAUUAGUAUCGAACAAGGAAAUGUUUACUAUCAGUGUUUGGUGAGGAAAGUACGAAAUUAUUGGAGUGGUAGUCACCAUUUAUAUAUAUCUUCUUAUAAAAAACGACUAAAUGUCGAAUUGGAAGAUAUCAAGUAUUUUAGUGAAAGUCAAUGGGCGCAGGUUUUAUUACCCUAUCCGAUAAUAAAAAUUUAAAUAAAUUAAUAAAUGAGGCAAGCAAAUAGUUGCUAUAUGUUGGUCUCAUUAAAAUUUUCCAAA